UUUUAAUCCUCUGCCGCAGCAGCAGAUCAGCCGGUAACGCGAAGAGGGGGAUGCGCGGUCGGUCGGACGGACGGGUAGAACGGCUAAAAUAAAGCCGCAGACGAUUAAAUGCGAGCGCAAAUAUAUAUAGAGAAUAAAAAGGCGACCGACUCGAUCGAAAGCUCCUCCUCUCUCGCUCCAAACAGGCUAUAGGACGUUCCAGGACACUGUGCAUUCUCGUAUUGUUCUUGACAGAGCCUGGGAAUACGAAAGCUGGCGUUUUUUCUGGACGCAAAUAAAUGGGUGAUUACGGGUUCGGCUUGUUGCAGACAGCGAACAUCAGCAGCGGCACGUCACUGUUCGGUGGAGGCGCGUUCACACCCUAUUCUCCGGUGCGCCUCUGUGGCUCGCCUCUGGUGUCCACUCUAUUCCCGUCACAUCAGCACAACAUGCAGGAUGAGCCUGCGGGGUUGACAGCCUCUCAGUCCAGCGAGACCAGCAGCAGUAGCAGCAGCGAUCUGAACCAUUUCUCCUCUGUAGGUCAAGCGCAGACAGUCAGUGACCUUCAGCACGGCCAACAGCCCUACUCAUCCGCGGGCCUCGAUACCGAUGCGCCAUCGCCCGUGAAUCCCAAUAAGGUCAGGAUCCAAAUGGAAUCCCCAAGCGCCCACCAUGUCACCAACGCAAACGGAACCGGUGGCAAUAACAUGCUCGGAUCCGCUUUUGCGAACAUCCCCCAUCAGGAGAUGCAGAACCCCGGGGGCGGCGUCGGUGGCACGGCUUCCCCAACCCUGCCCGGUUUCGGAACGCCGUGGUCCGUUCAGACGAACUCCCCGCCUCCACCCGUCACCAAUUCCGCCAACGCAAUAAACCCGAUAUCCGCCACCGAACCUGACAACUUCUUCCACGGCAUCCCGUCCUCUAUCAACCCCGGCUUCUUCCAAAGCUUUUCGCCCAAUCCGUGCCCAGUGCAGGGCUUCAGCAGUAGCUUCUCUCCCCAGAUGAACGUGCCCCCUCAGCAGCCGCAGAGCCGCCGGUCCCCGGUCAGCCCGCAGAUGCCGCUGCAGCAGGGCGCCUUUCUGCAGCAGCGGAACAACUACAAUCACCACCAGCCCAUGAUGAAGCAGUCUCCAUGGGGUAACCACCAGGGCAGCGGCUGGAACUCUGGCGGGAUGUCCUGGGGCAGAGACCACCGGCGUGGGGGUGGCAUGGGUGUACCUGGCUCGAUAUCUCCCAUGAAAAAACCUUUCUCCAGCAACAUCAUCGCUCCGCCGAAAUUUCCCCGCUCCGCUGGCUCCCUGGGACCAAAGUCCUGGAUAGAAGAAAAUAUGUUCCGUACCGACAACAACAGCAACACACUGCUGCCCCUGCAGGAUCGGUCCAGGAUGUAUGACAGUCUGAACAUGCACUCGCUGGAGAGUUCCCUGAUCGACAUCAUGAGGGCAGAGCAGGACCCUUUGAAGGGCCGUGUGGGAUGCCCCCGCCCAGGUGUUGACGGCCUACUCAUGCUCAAUGCCAGGAGCUAUGGGAGACGACGAGGACGCUCCUCCCUCUUCCCCAUUGACGACGGUCUCCUUGACGACAGCCACGGCAACCAGGGUGUCCCGGGAGUCCUGGGGUCUCCUCACUGUUACCCCCAUCAGAACGGGGAACGCAUCGAGAGGUUCUCCCGCAAAGUGUUUGUUGGCGGCCUACCCCCAGACAUUGACGAAGAUGAAAUCACAAGCAGUUUUAGACGCUUUGGUCACCUGAUUGUUGAUUGGCCACACAAAGCUGAGAGCAAGUCUUACUUUCCUCCUAAAGGUUACGCCUUCCUCCUGUUUCAAGAGGAGACCUCGGUUCAGGCCCUUAUUGAAGCCUGUUUGGAGGAGGAUGGGAAACUCUACCUGUGUGUGUCAAGCCCCACCAUCAAAGACAAGCCUGUCCAGAUUCGUCCAUGGAAUCUGAGUGACAGUGAUUUUGUGAUGGACGGAUCUCAGCCACUGGACCCUCGCAAGACCAUCUUUGUAGGAGGAGUGCCACGCCCACUCAGAGCAGUGGAGCUGGCUAUCAUCAUGGACCGCUUGUAUGGUGGGGUGUGUUACGCGGGUAUUGACACUGAUCCAGAACUGAAGUACCCAAAGGGGGCAGGGCGUGUGGCCUUCUCCAAUCAGCAGAGCUACAUCGCUGCCAUCAGCGCCCGCUUCGUCCAGCUGCAGCAUGGUGACAUCGACAAACGGGUGGAGGUGAAACCGUAUGUGUUGGAUGACCAGCUAUGUGAUGAAUGUCAGGGUGCACGUUGCGGCGGAAAGUUCGCCCCGUUCUUUUGCGCUAAUGUCACCUGCCUGCAGUAUUACUGCGAGUUCUGUUGGGCAAACAUCCACUCCCGCGCCGGCCGCGAAUUCCACAAGCCACUCGUGAAAGAGGGAGCCGACCGUCCUCGCCAGAUCCACUUCCGAUGGAACUAAAGAUUGGAAUUCAGGGAGAGCUGGGAAUGCUAGCAUGCAAGACAUCAUAGAAACAACACGUCUGCAGUGGAUAAAGAGUUGCUUUGUUUAUUGGCCCUUAAACCCAAGCUGUCAGUAUAGUUACGUGACCAUAUACAGUAUAUAGAGAAUAUAUAUGACUAUAAAUAUAAAAAUAUAUCUUUAUCUUUUGUAGCAGCCAGAAACACACAAGCCUCAGUUUAUUUCACCAAACCACUUCUUCUCCCUCCAUGCACAUCUCAGGCUCAAAACAGCAUUUUUGUGGUACUUUCGUGUUUUUUUAAAAGGAGGUUAAGAAAAAAAGAGUUUGAUUUUUGUAGUUUUUUUCAAAUUAUUUUUAUAUGUGAGAUUUGAAAAGUAGAAACAAGAAUGUUUUCGCUGGGGGGGUGGGGGGGUCUGUCCAUUCUGUUAGUUCAUUUGUUUGUCUACGUGUUCGUCUGCUGCUAAAUCAUCCCCCCCAGUGGGCAAAGUGGGCAUUUGUCUCUAGAAAAACCUUGAUAACGUAAUCUCUGAUGCCUGGCCUGUUUCUCGAACCAAAGGUAGCAAAACAUGCGGCCUGAAAAAGAGACAUUUCUGCCGCGGAAUAAUUAAAAUAAAAAUUUAAAAACAUUAUAUUUUCCCCUCUUCUAUUGUUUUGAUGUGCUCCAAUGUGCUCUUAGCAGGAAUAGGAAUGAUUCAAUAAUUUUCCACUGGUAAAAAAGAUAAUACCUCAGAAUAUAAAAUCUGGCUUGUUAUUGCUCUACUCUUGCAAUUUAAUCACAAGCUAUAGAAGCUUUGCUGCUAUAUAGGAUAUUCCGAAUAGAUAGUGUAGGUGUUCUGUGUGAUGCCAAUGGUGAAUUUGCAAACAGAAAUGCAGUCUGUUCCAUCUCAAAAAGGCAUGGCUGAUCAUCGCCAUGGAAACACAGAAUGUGAAAACUUGCAUGCAUGUUUGUGGUUGUACAUCAUUUGCAUGCAGUGUAAAAGUUAAGAGCACAUAAAAGAAAAGAUAAAAAACAAACAAAACAUGAUGCAUAUUAACGAUAAACAGGAAUUUAUGUAGCAUGAGGCAAAAAAGAUCAGACUCUUAGAUAUAAGAUAAUCAAUAAUAAUGAAAGAAAAACAAACAGUGUAAAAUCAUUCGUAAAAAACAUUUGCAUGCAUUGUUGUGAUGAUUCCUUUACGAACUUAUUAUGAGAGAAGUGACGUUAGUUUUUAGAGUAGUGAGUUCUGCCAUUUUGUAACUCGAUAAUUAGUCAAGAGAAGGGUGUUGUCCUGUGGUUUUGUGUCUCGUCUUCGUGCAGUGUGAGUCUAGUUAUGAAUUGAGGUUUUUGUUCGGUUUAUCGACAUUUAAAAUUUGCCCUUCCUGUACACCUCUGAACACCUCCCCCCUCCUCCGCUCCUCUUAUUAUGAUAGUCACUCGAGCGACAUGCUCUGUCGUGGAAAAAGAAUGUAGAAGGCACAUUCUACACUCUUGUUGUCGUCUGUUCCUGUAGAUAUAGGAAUUCACGCAAAAGGUUCUAGAUGAAAUCGUAAUUGUGACUGUUGUCUGUGUGUGGGCCCAGUUUUGUCAUAUGUUUUGUAGAUUAUUCUUUGGACAAACAAUUAUCGGUAAAUACUAGGAAUAUACAUAAAUGGAGAAAAGAGAGGAGAGAGAUUUUCCAAAAGGAACCCUUUUGUCAGGUUUUUGUAGAAUAGUUUUGUAGCGUAACGUCCGUAUUAAGAUUCCUUUUCGGAGGAAUCAGAGGUUUCUCUGUGUUUGAUCAGUCUUUUGGACAAUCUCUACAGAAGCAAUGGAUGCUGGUGCCGAAACCAGUCAUUUGGUACUGUACUGCGAUUUCUAUUUGUCUAUCUGCUCUUGCGUUCUUUUUUGCACUCUAUAUAUCCGAAGAAAUUGGUUCGGAUGUGUGAUUUAAUCUUUCAAGUGUCAACAGUGAGCUGAGAUUUUAUGUUUUAUUUAUUAAAUUUUUUUGUAUUUAUUUCUUGACGUCAUCUAUUCCCAGACUUUCGAAUCUUGAGUCACUUUCUAGGACAUGAUGCACUACCCUUGUGCAUCCCCUCUCUCCUCUCCUUUCUUCGCUGACAAAAGCAAUCCCACUUUCCCUAGCAGUCCGGCCCACCAAUGAAAUUUUGACUCGAAUGCAAAACAAAAGUCUCUUUUAUUUUGCAUCACAUCAUGUUUUUUUGUUCACUCUUACACUCUUGAAGAAUCAAAACCUAUUUUAAGUCUAUCAGAUCAUUUAAAUAUCUUUAUUUUUACAUAGUAACUUAUUUCAUGUAUUGUGUAAGACGCUGGACAAAGAGUCUGUUUAAAUGAUAUAGGUAAUCUAACAUGUAAUCGGAUGAAAUAGCGAAGGUGUUUCUGGGACCUUGUCAACGCCACGACGGGUGGAAUACGUGAAUCAUUAUCCCAUCAAAAUGGCAAAAAAAUGUUGUGUGAUGAUCUUGUUCUGAACAAGAUGGCCGCUACAUUGUUUGUCAUCUACACCUUUUAAAACCUGUCUCGUGACGAGUACUGUGUUCUGUUUUCUGUGUUCAACAUUGUUUGCUGUGUACAUGUAUGUGUGGGUUUUCGUAAUCGUCAUUUAAAAAAACAAAUCUUAUUUAUUUGACUAUUUAAAUUUUAUUUUUCUAUUUUCAUAAAGGUCUGACACUCACUUUAUUUCCCAAUGUAUUUAUGGUUGUGUUGACAUGAAAUAUGUAAAACCCUGUUUUUUCUUGAAACACCCGUAAAGUUACGUGUAUAUAUUUAUGUAUUAUUGCUUAACACACAUGGAUUUGAUUACUAUUUAAGUUUGUCAUUUAUUUUAUUUGAAGAAAGGAAACAUUGAGGGUUCUAUUAUGUUCAUGGAAAACACUUGAGACUUUCCCCGUUUAAAUGGAGGGGUAUCAGCCCUCCCCUCACUGAUACUCAGAAACUUGAAUAUAACACAUUUUGAAAGGCUUACUAACCUCGAAUCUGUGUUGUGACGUGCAAUACUGUUUCUAAUGUUUGUAUAAAAAAGUAAGAAUUGCAGUGUAUACCUUUUUAAUGCAGAUUUAUUUUUUUCAUUGCAUAUUUUGCAAAUUUCUGAUUCACAGUGUCAUUUUUUACUGUCAGAAAAGAUGAAACCCCUUUUUUUCAUUGCAACUAUUUUUAAAUCCAGAUAUCUUUGUACUGAUGUAAAUGAUUGUAGUUAUUUUGGAUAGUGUUUUGCUAACAAAUGGAGAAACUUUUUCAUGCAUAUUUCUAUUUCUUUUUUGUUUGUUUUUGUUUUAAUUUUACUCUGAUAGUGGCAAAAUAUUUGAGAUAAUUUUUCAUAUUAUAUGUCAUUAAUAUUAUUUUGUAUUUUUAUGUGGAAAUUUAUGAAUAUAUAAUUUUAUGAUGCUAACUGCUAAAAUAUUAUUUCGAUUCGAAUUAUUUUUUGAAAGCUAAAAUCUUUGUAAAAUUGUUAAUGUUCUAGUUUCUAAAUCAAGUUUGUGUAUAGAUUCACACAAGUGGUUUAUGAAGUGUUCUGACUGUAAUUAUUACUGAAUGGAUCUUUGAUAUGCAAACUGAAUAUCAUGUUGUUCUUUAUUUUGAUUUGUUUUGUAUUUAAAUGGGGUGUUGAUUACAAUCUUUUUCUUUCAUUCCCUGAAUAAAGACCCAUUCUGUUCAGACACAAGCUGCGCGUCUCAGCUGUUUUAUUUGUAUUCUUUUUGACUGA